AUGUUACAAUCACCUAUAAAUUUCAAAAGAGAUAAGUUAUAUCCAUCAUCACAUUCAAAUACAGUGUUACCAACUCCGCAAUCUACUAUUAAUCCAGGUAGGAUAACUAGAUCAAGAAAAUCAAAUACAAGAAAACAACAACAACAAAAAAGAAAUCAAGUACAUGUUUUAAAUUCAAAUUUAUAUAAUAAUUUAAUUAAAAUGGAAAGUGCGAUUUUUGAGAUGAAGAAUCAAUACGUAUCAUCACAAUUAUUAAAAUUAGUUGAAGAAUCUAAACAAUUAUUAAUUAUUGAAAAACCAAUCAUGAUUGAUGAUAAAUUACCAUGUAAAUCAUUUGAUGAAUUUUAUAAACAAGAAGAACCAACAGAAAUGAAUUCUAGUUUUGAAACACCAAGAGAUAAAAUAAAAAAUGAAAUUAAUUCCUCACCUAGUUUAGCUCCAAAUUCAUCACCAUCUACUCCAAAGAAUACGAAUUAUACAUUUGACAACUACUUAUACUAA